UGUACCGGUACAAUUAUUUACAGAUUGUAAACAUUCUUCUGCUUGUGUGUUCCUCAAUUUUUGAGAACAUGUUUCUCCGGUAUAUCAGUUAUUCAUUUACCUUUGCGCUGUGACAUUGGCAUCAGUAGCUAUAGACAUGUUCAAAUUUUCAUUUUCUCGUCCUGAUGGAGAAAAUGAUAACAGUGAUCAAGCAGCUGCUGCACAACAAGAUGCUUCAGAUUUGGAGUGGUUGCACUCAGAAAAAGUGGAAGUCUCCUCCUCACAUUUAAACUAUAUGCUUUCUCAUCAAGAUUCAGUAAGCCAAACAAAUAUAUCCAAUUUUAGACUACAACAUUUGUCAACAAAAUCGGUAGUCAAAUCUGUGUUGGAAAAGUCUGAAUCUGGCAGUGGUAUUAGAGUUGCAGAAGAGCUACAAUCAGAUUUAGUUCCUUCCAAAUAUGAAGGUGGAUUAAAAAUUUGGGAGUGUACAGAGGACCUUUUAUCUUGGCUGAUAUCAGAUGGCCCUGAUACAAAUUUGGAAGGAAAAUAUGUCUUAGAUUUAGGAUGCGGUGCAGGUUUACUUGGAAUCGCUGCUCUAAAAUAUGGCGCUGCUGUGGUUUUUCAAGACUAUAACAAAGAAGUUUUAGAUUCUUGCACUAUACCAAAUGUUCUCUUAAACCUAUCAGACGAAGAAUCUCAAAGACUCAUCAAUAACAAGAGCCAAGGUGGCCCAAACUGUGAAUUCUACAGUGGUGAUUGGUCUUCUUUUUCCGACAAAUUGCAGGAACAGAGAAAUAGUGAAAUAAAAUUUGACUACAUAUUGACUUCAGAAACGAUUUAUAAUCCACAAAAUUACAAUAAACUUAUUGAUGUGUUCAAGAAAUUUCUUAAAACUUCUGGCUCUGUGUACCUAGCAGCUAAAACCUACUACUUUGGUGUGGGAGGAAGCCUUAGAGAGUUUGAAACCACCAUGGCAAAAGACAGUUCAUUGAAAUGCGAGGUAUGCUGGAAAUGUCCCUCAGGUGUAUCUAGAGAAAUUCUGAAGAUAACUUUUGUGAAAUAAAACCAAUUGGGAUUCAACUCUUUGUAUAUUUUAGCAUGACAUUUUACAAAAUAAUAAUGUAUACAAAAGAAAAUUGUCAGAACAACUACCUUAAUUUGCUACCUGCUGAUUAUGCUACAAUGAUACAAUGUUCUUUUUUAUAUUAUAUCUUAUAAAGCAAAAUUCUUAAGUA